UUCUUCGAGCGAUUACUAGGGUUUAAGCCGCAGAGAUUUUGGAUGCAAAAAAAGAGAGGAGGAAAAAAGACAAAAAAAAAAUAAAGAAAAAAGAAAAAAGGUCUUAGGGUUAGGGUUUCAAAUUUUGUUCAUCUUCAUCAUAAUCGAUGUCGGGGAGCAACGGAGGCCAGCUGAGGAGAUACCUGAAGCAGAGGAGAGAGUACCUCUACAGGAAGAGCUUAGAAGGGAAGGAGCGAGAAUGGUACGAAAAGAAGCGCAAGAUUCGACAAGCUCUUCAAGAGGGAAAGCCGAUUCCGACUGAGCUUAGGAAUGAAGAGGCAAAGCUCAGGGCAGAAGUGGAUCUUGAAGAUGAGCAGACCGCUGUGCCAAGGAACCUCAUCGAUGAUGAGUAUGCCAAUGCAUCUAUUAGAGACCCAAAAAUUUUGUUGACCACAUCACGUGAUCCAAGUGCCCCACUUGUCCAGUUUGUUAAGGAGUUGAAAUUCGUCUUCCCAAACUCAACAAGAAUGAAUCGUGGAGGUCAGGUGCUCUCAGAAAUAAUAGAAUCUUGUCGUGCACACGAAUUUACAGAUGUUAUUUUGGUAUAUGAGAAGCAAGGCAUCCCAAAUAGUUUAGUUGUUUGCCAUUUGCCAUAUGGUCCAACUGCAUACUUUGGUCUGUCUGAUGUGACUUCAAGACAUAGUAUUAAAGACAAAAAGGAAUUAGGAACGAUGCCCGAGGCAUACCCGCAUUUGAUUAUCGACAGUUUAUCAACCAAGGUUGGAGAAAGGAUAGGGAACAUUCUAAAACAUCUCUUCCCAGUACCUAAGCCGGACACAAAGCGCAUUAUUACGUUCUCAAAGGCGGCAGAUCGGAUCAAAUUCAGGCACCACAUCUAUGAAAAACGUGGCGGUCCCAAAUCUGUUGAACUGACUGAAAUUGGCCCUCGCUUUUGUCUGGUACCUUACAAGAUUGAGCUAGGGACAGUAGAUCAUAGUGAAAACAAUCAGAAAGAGUGGGUACUAGCAAAUUACAUCAACACUGCCAAGAAGCGCAAAUUUCUUGGAGAUUGAAAAUUUCACUUAUCAUGCCCUACCAAAAUCUCUUCGAGAGUUAUGAUCAAAUUGCGCCUCGCAGAAGAGACCUAGUAUUUCUUCAAGUUAAAAUAUGAAAGGUUGCCAUGGUCUUGAGUUGUUCCUAAUUUUGAAGCGGACCAAUGUUUUGUUGAGCGCUUGCGAUUUAUUUUGUGAAGAGAGAACCUCAAUCAUGUAUCAUUAACAUUUUAUUUAUAUCUCAAACUGAUUAUCUAAAAAUAUAUCCAUAUUCUUAUGUUGUUGGGCGUAGGUGAGUAUGCAUAUUGAAAUUUC